UCCACUAAAUGAACACUUCACUGUUUUCUUUAAAUAAUAAGGCAUACAUUCAUUAAUAUAGUGAUGUAUUUAGCUUAACACCAUGUUGAACUUAUAAUAGAGCAACACUGUAAAUUGUAUUAUCAUAGGAGCAAUAUUCAAUUUGUUAAAAUGAUAAAAUUUUCCCUCCAUUAAUUAUCACCAUGGUUUUUAUCAAAUUAUUUAAUUUGUGAUUUUUUUUUUUAAUUUGUUAAGAACGUAUAACGUUCUUAAUUUUAGCGUUAGAGGUUUAGACAAGUUUAAACAUGAGUGAAAUGGAAUCAUCUGAAAAAUUAAAACAAAGGAAGAAAUAUAAAAGAUUUCAAUAUACCCAUAAUGAUUUGGUUAAUGCAGUCGAAGCUAUUGUGAGUAAAAAAAAAUCACUCAAUCAAGUACACAGGGAAACAGGAAUACCUAAAGCUACUCUUAGUACCAAGGUAAAUAAUAAAGUUCCUUUAGAACGUAAAAUGGGACCACCAUCUGUUUUAUCAAUUGACCAAGAAAGUCAAAUAGUAAAUUGGAUAAUGUCAAAUGCUAAAGUUGGCUUUCCAGUUCACCCUGAACAAUUAAAAGAUUCAGUACAAAGUGUUUUAAAAGAAUCUCCUAAACAAAAUUAUUUUACUAAUAAUCGACCAGGUAUAAAAUGGUUAAAUUUGUUCUUGAAAAGACAUCCAGAAAUUAAAAAAAGAAAUGCUGAGAUUAUAUCUAAAGCCAGAGCUAAAGUAACGGAGAGAUCUAUUCGGUAUUGGUUUAGUGAUGUUAGAUUAUAUUUAGAGGGAGAAGGUAGCUUAGAUAUACUUAAUGAUCCACAAAGGAUUUUAAAUUGUGAUGAAACUGGCUUACAGUUAUGCCCGAAAUCUGGUAAAGUCUUAGGACCUAGGACAAUGAGUAAUUUUUAUGAAGUAGCUAGAAGUGCAGAAAAAGAAAACAUUACAGUCCUCUGCACUUAUUCUGCAGAUGGAAAAUCACUACCUCCAAUGAUUAUAUACCCAUACAAAAGGAUUCCUUUGCACAUUGCUCAAUCUUUGCCAGACAAUUGGGCAAUUGGCCGUUCAGAUAGUGGAUGGAUGGUAUCUGCCACUUUUUAUGAAUAUGUUGCAAAUGUAGUUUAUCCAUGGUUAGUUGAAAAUAAAAUAGAGUUUCCAGUCAUUUUCUAUGUUGAUGGUCAUAAAAGCCAUUUAAGUUUGGAACUUUCUCAAUUUUGUUGUGAUAAAAAAAUUCAUUUGUAUUGCUUGUUGCCAAAUUCCACCCACAUAUUACAACCUUGUGAUGUUUCCAUAUUCAAACCUUUAAAAUCUUAUUGGAAAGAAGUUACCAGAGCACAUAAUUUAAAUUCAAAGAGUCCGAUCACAAAAAAUAAUUUUGGUAUAAUAUUUAAAAAAGCGUUUGAUAAAGUUAAACCAGAAUCGAUCAUAAAUGGAUUUAGAACAUGCGGGCUAUAUCCUUUUAAUCCUGAUGCUGUGGACUACAAUAAAUGCAUUCCUACAAGGAUAGCUGAACUUCAACAACCAGAGGUCUCAUUUUCUAUUCCAAUUUCAAAUGACUAUCUUGUAUGCAAAAAUGUAAUCAAUUAUAUUUUAAGAGACCACGAGUUAGAAGAUGUUAUAAGUAAUAAUACAUUGUUAGCCAAAAUAUGGAAUGAAUGCAAUAGUAAAUGUGAUGAUAAUAUUAUUACCAAUUAUAAAACAACUCAAGAGUUUAAUAUCUUAGACAUGCCUAUUGAAAUUGAAGGGUCAACUUUCAUGUUUACUGAAAAUGAACUUGAAUUAUCAGGGAUUGAAGAAUUAAAUGAAGAAUCGUUGGUAACAAAUUCAGAAAAUUAUAUUAUGGAUUCAAAUAUAGAUAAUUUUAAUUUGGACUUAGUUGAAAAAAAGAAUGUAUGCUCAAAUAUUUUUGGUAAUGUAAAAAAUUCAACAAAUUUGUUAUAUAAUAUUGAUAAAGUUGACAGUGAAAAUAUUUAUGAAGAAGUAGAAAAUAGAAUACAACUUUCUGGAGUCAUACAAAAUAAAGAAACUGAUGAUCAAACCAAAAACUCAACUCAACAAAUUUGGGAUAAACAUUUUAAAUGGUCUAAAGAAGAAAAUAGUGAUUUAAAAAAUAAAAAUAAAACGAUUCCUGUCCCUUAUGCUAUAACUUCAAGUAAAUGGAUGCUGAUACAAAAAGAAAAAGAAGAUAAAAAGCUAGCUAAAGAAACUCUAAUAUUAGAAAAAAGACAUGCAAGACUGAUGAAAAAAAACGAGACUGAAAAUAAGAGAAAAUCUAGAGAAAUAAACAAAGUUCCUAUUAAUAAACCCAAAGUCAUUAAUACUAAAGAUGUUCUUAAUUUAGAGGAAACAAAUUUUGAAGCACAAAAAAUCAAAAAAACCCUGAAUGUGGAUGAUUAUGUCAUUGUGAUUUAUGAGGGAGAAUAUUUUCCAGGAGUAAUAAAAUCUAUAAAGAAAUCACAAUCCAUGUAUAAGGUAAUAAAUCCAAUAGUAUUAAAACCAAUUAGGUAAUAAUUUUUUUUUCAUAUUUUAAUAUUAUUUUAUAGGUUAAAGC